AUGGCAGGGAAGCGCCAGAGUCCUUAUCCGCAAGAAGGUCAGAACCGGAUUCGCGAACCGGACCGCGAGCACACUCACUCACCACUGUCCCAGGCACAUCUCCAGAAGUGUCCGGAAUACACUGCGUGGAGGGCGGCAGGGAACGGUCAGGAACUGGCGCCGCCGAAUCCCUAUAAUGCUGCGGGCCGCAGACUGCUCAGCGAGUCUAACAAAGGUCUUACCGAUUCGUCGACUAUGCAACAAAUACGAUCGACGAUGGACAUAAGCAAGUACUUUGACGAGUUUGUCGACGAUAGUCUUGUCCAUAAGUGCGUCCGCGUCCGAUGCCAAAGCUGCGGCUUUGUCCAACCGAAAAACGCCACUUUGCAGGCGGAGCAUCUGGGCCAAUGCAAGGACUUUUUGUCCACCACGGAAGGCGAAGAGCUGUUGACAAACGGGGCCUUGACGAUCAGUGAUCAGCAAUAUCAGAAUGCAGCCCUCUGGGUUGAGAGACGGCCAAGCCCCGACCUUCUGGUCAAUCACGAGGGUCAAAAUGGCGCGCGUCUCGGAAUAGCGCCACGAGUAUCCAGUCCUCCGCCUUCCCUCCCCGAAACACCACCGGUGGCUGAAGCGCCCUCGUUGGCGCAACAUCUGCUGGCGCAAGCGGAAGACUCACUGAUAAGCAGUACUCAACAUGCUUUUUUGGCACAUGCGGGAUGUGGCUUGCUGCCGGAGAGCGCUCUCAACCAGUGGCUGACGCAGAUUGGGUACAUCUCCCGAUCGCUAGUCUCCUUCACUGGAGCACUGAUAGGCAAAAUCCGCAUACCCGAAGUCGACGACUUGGAACACAACUCGACGUUCCGCUGUCUCGAGUUGCUGUGCGCGGCGGUAAGUAACAUGAAGCGGGAGCUAGAGUUUCUGGUAGCUACCAAGCGCAAGUACGGACUCCAGGUCAGCUUUAGCGAACCGACACCGCCCACCAAAGGCUUCGUCGAUCUGUUCAACAGCGCAUCGUGUCCGUCGGCAACUCUCCUCGAGGGCAUGGUGAUGAUGUGGGCGACCGAAACUGUAGGUUGCGGUUCCCCCCACCCUGCGGUUCCAUCAACCCCGAGCUGA